UGGACUUGCAAAUAUGCGAAAUUCUACUCCACCAUGACGAAGCUCAAAAAUAAACUCGUUCCUAUAAAAAUGAAACAUUUUCUUCAUUAAAUCACAGUCAAACAAGUUUCAAAGUGAAAAGCACUUCCUCCUCCAUCUCCAUCAAACAACCACUUCAAAAAACCCUUUUCCAAAGUUCAAUCAUGAUGAUUUGCUUUUUGUUCCUUGCCACAGUAGCCAUAUGUGCUAACAGCCAUCCCAUUGAGGAAAAUGAAAUCUUCGAAAUGGCAAAUAAUUCAAUUGACGAAGAGAACACCAUCGACUCAUCGAUACCAACGGAUUACAUCGACCUCAGCCAAUAUGGAGCUGCACUCUACGGCCAACCUGAUAUCGAUGGAACCGGCAAAGCAGUAGCCGAAUACACCACAGAAUCCAACACCAAUCCCGAAGAGCUGGGUUCCUAUGUCGAGGGUGACAUUCUGAUCCCUCAGCAGAUGGGACGCAACGGGCUAAGGGCAGCAACUUCCAGAUGGCCAAACGGCAUCAUUCCCUUCGAGAUCCGAGGAAAUUUCAAUGCUCGUGAGAUGGCCCUUAUCGAGCAGGCCAUCACCGAAUUCCACAGCAAGACUUGCAUUAAAUUCGUUCCACGAAUGGCCCAAACCGACUACAUAUCGAUUGUUAGCGGAAGUUCGGGCUGUUGGUCGUCGGUUGGACGCAUUGGUGGCAAGCAGGAAGUUAAUCUGCAGGCACCUGGUUGUCUGACAAAGCCGGGAACUCCAAUGCACGAGCUGAUGCAUGCGGUUGGUUUCCUGCACGAGCAAAAUCGCAACGAACGAGAUAGUUAUGUUACGAUUUUGUUUGAGAAUAUUCAGCCAUCGGCAGUUUCGAACUUUGAUAAAGCUUCUGCAGACAAAACAACUGGCUUUGGUGUGCCAUAUGAUUAUGGUAGUGUAAUGCAUUACUCAUCGAAUGCUUUUUCUACGAAUAGGAAUCCUACAAUUGUACCAAAGAGACAAGGAGUGAAAUUGGGCCAACGAGAUGGUUUCUCUCCAAUGGAUGUGCAAAAACUGAAUGCAAUGUACAAUUGUAAUAUUGGAUCGAAUUCGGUUGGUGCUUCAGGGGGUAGACCAAGUGGUACCAAUUCUAAUAAUGGACAACAAGGACCGGAUGCUAAUAUUAUAAAUAGCUUUUUGGGAGGACUUAUUUCUGGUUUGGGAUUGGCUGAAGAAUCAUCUACUGAGAAGUCUCAAGAAUUAAGAGAAUGAACAAC